UUUGAAAACCAUGAGAGAGGUGGUAGUUAGUCUGGAGUCUAACAAAAUGGCAUUUACUGAAAACAUUGCAGAGUUUAACACUGAGAAGAAAGGAAUUAGGAGGAGAAGUUGGAAAAACCGGAUCACGUUACUAUUGAAGAAAAACACACAUUUGAUUAGGAACAAACCCUGCAGGCCAAGCACUGACGACGUGUUGCACUGGGCCCAGUCACUUGACCACCUCCUCUCUCAUAAAUAUGGUAAAGCAGCGUUCUUCAUCUUCCUGAAAUCUGAGUUCUGCGAGGAGAACAUCGAGUUUUGGUCUAAGUGUGAGGAGUAUCGGACCCUAAAGUCUAAGGAAGACCUGGAGGCACGAGCCAACAUCAUCUACGAGGAGUAUGUGUGCUGUGAGGCACCCAAAGAGAUAAAUCUGGAUUACCAGACCAGAAAUGCCAUCACGGUCGGCCUGGAUAACCCCAGUACCACACUCUUCCUCCAGGCUCAGAGUAAAGUCUAUAGCCUCAUGGAGAACAACUCCUACCCACGCUUUCUACAGUCGGACUUUUACAGAGACCUGUGCGCCAAAGCCACAGGGGAGAACAAGCACAUCCAGACUGACUCCAAGUCCAAGACCUGGCCCAAGAAAAAGUCUGUGAAAGAGUCCAAGAACUAGUCCAAGACCUAGUCCAAAACCUAGUCCAAGGCCUGGUCAAAGAACUAGUUCAAGAUCUAGUCCAAGACAAGGCCAAAAACUGCAAAAAAAUAGUCCAAGAUAUACUCCAAAAUCUAGUCAAAGAACUGGUCCACAAUCUGUUCCAAGACUUUGUCCAAGAUCUAGUCCAAGUUCCUAGCACCGAGGACAUUUGUUUACCAUUGGAGCAGACUUGAUGACCAGUGGACUAUGCACUUCAAUAGUAAACUUGAAGCCAUGUUGCACAGAUCUUGCCUAAAUGUUGAGUGAAGUUUCAAUGCAGACGAGAGCCUUGUUAGGAUUAGGUUUGGAACAUGUCCACUGAAUUUGACCCACCCUACACCCAGUGUGACCUGUCAGGGCUAAAACAAGCACCUAGUGUAUAUCUAUCUCUCUUGUACACUGCAAAAAUGGCAUAUCUAGUCUUGGUAACUAAUGAGUUGAGUUUAGAAUAUUAAACUACAAUUGAGUAGUUUUGACUAGUGUCAACGUAGAAUGUUUUAUUGAUUUGAAAACAUUUCUAAAAACAGAUUUGUAAAUUGUCUUACCCAAGUCUUACCCCAUUGGCAAAUAAUUUAAUAUAGACAAUCCUCACAAACUUGAACUAGUCAAAACUACUUGAAUCAGGAUAAAUAUUGUCAGCAUAGAUAAACAAAACUGCAAACCAUCUAGUCACUAUAAUUAUGAAUCCAGAUCAAAUUUAUAAAUUCUUACCUCAGAAUUCACAAUUAUCAAAUACCCUUUUCGUUGCAUAAGACUUCUGUACCAUAUUUUUAAAUUAAAUAUUUAUUAUUACAUUUUCUGUUGCAAUAUUUUGUACAUAGUCUUUAGCUAUUUAAAGAGACACUGUCCUUUUUGUGUUCUGUGAGCCCACCACCGACAGUGUGUGAAUGUAUUUCACUUCACGUUUUUAUGACUGUAUAAUGGUUAAGUUAAAAGCUUGGUCGUUUUGUAUGGACAUAUUUGUACUGUAAAUAUGCACACAAACAGACACUGUUUACUGAAAGCACUGUAUGUGUAUGUUAGUGACUGAGGCAGCUGGACUGCAUGCUAAUAAAAUGAACUGAAGUGAACCAGU